AUGGCUGCACGCACCUCCCUGCCUGUCCAGCCCCCGGAGGCCUCGACCGUGCUCCAGGUCCAGGGCAUUGACAUCAACGGAUGGAAGAUCCGGACGGUCAAGUCAUCGAUCCUCACGUCGGAUGAAGGCGAGGCAUGGCGUGAGGCGCUCGGUCUACCGGAGCUACCCGAGAUGGUCUUUGGCGGUGCGAGGGUCCAGUUUGUCCACUCCUCGGGCGCCAUUGUGACGUUCAAGGCCUUUGAUGCCCUCGCCAUGGUCGACAACCAGGCGCAGCCGCCGAUGGUGGCGGCGUCGGCGACGUGGAUGCAGACCGCGUCGACCGAAAAGGCGCAGGACUCGGUCGAUGCCUUUGAUUGGACGUACAACACGGCGUACGGCGGGACCACCGGCAUGCUUGUCGAACCGUCCAAGGAGCUGAAGGUCAAGCCUGUCGAGGUCAAGGUCCAGCCUGUGCCUGAAAAUGACGCCGCCGACAACAUCACGCCCGGCGACGGCGACGGGCCGGGCGUCUUUGUCGCCGUCCCGGCGCCGGUCCCGCCGGCCAAGUCGAUCGACUACGACCUGCUCCGCAAGCGCGAGCCUAUCCUCUUCUUUGACGAGGUCAUGUUCUUUGAGGACGAGCUGGCUGACCACGGCUCGUCGACCCUUGUUGCCAAGCUGCGGGUCAUGCCCUCGGCCUUCUUCUGCCUCCUCCGCCAGUUUAUCCGUGUCGACGGCGUCGUUGUUGCCGUCAACGACACUCGCCUCUUCCACGCCUUUGGCACUUCGCGUGUCAUCCGCCGCAUUACCUCGGCGACCGCCGAGUGCGCUGCCCUCGAGGCAGCCAACCCGACCAUCACCCCGGCCUUUUACGCCGACGUCGAGGCCGUCAUCCCGCUCCUCACCACCACCCGCGACGAGACCGAGGUACUCGAGCUCUGAUGCCAGGUGCCAGCGCACGGACUAGAUAGACUGCGUUUGCUUGUGCUCUCUUGCUUCAUUUGCUCAGCACAGAAACUGCGGGUCGGGCGCCCACUGCCAGUCGCGGUACCAGACGCGCAGCUUCUUGGAGGUGUUGGGAAAGGCCUCGAUGGCGGCCUGAUCGUCGGCGUCGAGAUAGGACUUGAAGAAAUCGUAGACCAUGUCCUUCUUCUUGACAAAGUCGGAAAGAUUCAUGUCGAUGAUCUUGGGCAGGUAGAUCUUGUUCUUAGCCGGCUUGAUUUCGAUGACGCGCUUGAUAGAGGCGGCGACUUGGGCGUCAAGCUCGACGUCGAUGGUAGCCGGGUGGUAGACGCGGACGGGGCCGGCCGACUCGGUGAGGUUAGAGCAGGCAAAGUGGAUGCGGGGAUCAAAGUCGCCGGGUGGGAU